AUUGUUUCACUCUAGAACUACUACAACAAAGUAGCAUUGGCUUUAUUUUGGACACUGUCAUCGUUCGACAAGGCGAGCUGGUGUAGAAAAUCAAUUUUCAUAGCCAUGGACGAUUUGGCGCUACUCGAAAGGGUAUUUCUUCGAGUUGGUAGCGCUGAUACCGACGAAAAAUUGGAAGCUGUCAUCUUAAAAUUUCUCUGUCCCGUGUUGCUCAAACUAACCAGCACCGAGGAAAAUGUCCGGAAAAAAGUUAUGGAAUUGUUGGUUCAUUUCAACAAACGAGUCAAAAGCAGACCGAAUCUCCAGCUGCCAGUGGUUGAUUUGAUGAAUCUUUAUCAAGAUCCUUCCUGUUCAAUCUUUUUAUCGAAUUUCGCAAUCAUCUAUAUAAAAAUGGGCUUUCCUCGAUUGGACUUGGCAAGCCAGGCAGAAUUACUGCCAAAGCUUUUCAACAGUAUUCAUGGAAAACCCUUACAGCAUCAGGACAGUCUUCUCUUCAUUGCCCUCCCAGCCCUAGCUCAUGCAAACCUUUCCACAGAGGUACAGAAGCAGCCGUACCUCUUUCUGCAAGAGAAGGUGGAACUUGCAAAAUACAUUCGAGACUUUUUUCUUGAUAUUGUAUUGUUGCCCUACGGAUUAGUCCACCCCAGCGCAAAUCCAACGACUCCUUCUAAUCCUCCGCCGGGCAUGAGCGAAUAUGGCUGGAAAAGAUCACUUGGAGAGGUUCAGCUCAAGCCAGAACAGCUGGAAGAAACAAAACUUGGAAUUGUCAAGUUCGUCUCAAGUGGAAUUUUCGGCGAACAAAAUAUCGUUCCGCAUUUGGUUGUUGCGGCAGCCGAUACGCGUUUCAGUGUAGCUAAUGCGGCCGAUAGUUCCCUUAAGAGGAUUGGCGGAACUGUUGACUGGAACGAUGUGACUGUGAUAACCGUGUUGUAUCAGCUUUUCCUGGGCACGCGUAAUUCAAAAGAAAACAUUAAACCAGAAUUUCGGCGCGUUCCAGCUUGCACUCGUCUACGACUCAAAUUGUUUACCUACCUAAUUCGGUCACGCGAAGCCAGCACACAAUUCCCUGCUUGUAUUCAAUUAACAUUCGAAGGGCUUUUUGGAGAGAAUUCAAACGCUAAAUUGAAGGUCAUGGCGCUCCAAUUUCUUCAUCAAAUGCUUUCCAACUGCCCAGUAUCUCGGCUUUCACCGAUAUCUCCCGUAUUGAUUUCUGGUUUAAUGAAAAUAAUCAACGACACACAGGGGGAAUCGAAACUGCGCGGAUCAGCUUUAGUGGCCUUGGGCAAACUUGGGCAGAAACUUCCCGAAGCUGUUACCAAAGAUAUGGCAAUCAUCCAAAUGCUCUUUAAUGCCAUGGCGACCGAAGAGCCUGAGACGAGAAUGGCCGUUCAAGAAGCUCUUUCCAUCAUGCUACCGGCAUUUAAACAUCUAAGCAGCUCAAAUGCUGCUAUACUGGAAGCCUUGUUGGCGACUUCAUUAGAAUCCCAACAACAUCUUUUGCGGCUUAUUGCCGUUCAAUACGCUGGCGGAAUAUUUCAUCCAACCCACGUUACCUCUCGCUAUCUCCUUCUAAUCGCCGCCGGAGACGCGAAGGAAGAGGUUAAAUCAGAGGCUAUGAAAUUGCUUUACUCCAAUCUGCCGAAAUCGGCUGAAACCUAUGAUACGGAAUCCAUGGAAGUGGAUCAAAACGAAAAAUGGCUUCCUGAUUUCGUCGAGAUGGUUCUGUGCAUCUCGGAAAAAGCAUCAGCUCGAAUGAAAAGCCGCAACGCCGUAACUUACGGAACCCGUACACUUCCGUUUGAGAUUGCCGCGUACUCUGAGAUGCUUUCAUAUUUAAGGCUAUGCUUGGCAAACAGCGCCUUGUUGACUCCCUCGCUAGAUUUGUUAAACGAGCCCGAACUGAUCAGUUCUGCAGCUCGCCAUUACAUCGAAAAACUCGUUAGUGAAAACGGACUAGUGACAGCAUAUCUAGAUCUUGCAUUAGAACUAUUGGCUGCAAAUCCAUCGAAAAUUCCGCUUCAGUGCGUCCUCGAAGUCGUGGCUGGAGUUCCAAAGGUGUCGGUCGUCUUGCUUUCGAAACUCGACAUGUUCAAAACGCUGCAGCAUCACAAUAAGGAGGACGUUCGUGAAAUGAUUUCACAGCUAAUUGCUGUCAUUGUCUGUGAAAGUUAUGACACGCUGCAGGUUGAUGCAUUGAUUCACGAUCUUUGCCGCAACCUCAAAGACAAACCACUGGAACAACAGCACGGAUUCAUCUUGACGUUGGGCUAUACAGUGGGACGAAUCGUGCGUAACCAUUUGUCUGGGCCUGGAAACCGCAUAGAGCUGGAGAAGAGUUGCCGCUCUCAACUGUCACCACGACUUUCGACCGCCACAUCCUUGGUGAUUGAUUUUCUUUUUGAAUCACCACAUCCGAUGACGUUGAGCGCCGCUUGUUUGGCUGUCGGUGAAAUGGGUCGUUGUGGUCCGCUGCUCGAUUCCACCGGAGACUCUUCUCGCGCCGUGGACAAGCUGCUCAGUGUUGUUGGUGAUGCAAAAAUCAACGGAAGAAUUCGAGAGAAGGCUGCCCUCGCAGCGGGUUAUCUCUCGCUUGGCGAACUUGAAUAUCCUCGUAGAAAAUACAUUAUCGAACACUUCCUCACGUCUACAGAGGAAAUGAAAGAUGUCGAAAUUCAAUUUACAAUCGGCGAAGCUCUAGUCUGCGCCGCUUUAGGUGUCAAUUCACCCGAAAGUCGAGAUCCCUGGACUGUGAAAGAAAAAGACUUUACCGAGCAAGAAAACGCUCCUUCCCAACUCGAUUUUCUGCUCGAAGAAUUGUUGAAUAAAUAUGUCUCGCAUCUAAAUCCGAACAUUAAGCAGGCUACGUCCAUAUGGUUGUUGGCUUUGGUCAAAAGCUGCCCGGAACGGCCUGAAAUGAAGGAGAGAUUAUUGCGUAUUCAACGUGCGUUCAUGAUUCUUUUAGCUGAAGGAGGAGAUUUAGUACAAGACAUAGCUUCUAAAGGGCUAGGACUUGUGUUUGAAUGCUGUACCGUGGAACAGCAGAAUCUAUUGGCUAGUGAAUUGGUGGGUUCGUUGACAACAGAUCGCCGGCCUGCUAUGCAAGUCACGAAAGAUACCAAAGUUUUCGAAGAAGGCAGUUUGGGAGCUAAUCCAUCUGGAGGCCAGUUGUCAACGUAUCGAGAACUUUGUUCGUUGGCUACCGAUAUGAACCAACCCGAUUUGAUUUACAAGUUCAUGCAUCUGGCCAAUCACAAUGCUAUUUGGAAUUCGAAAAAGGGUGCCGCAUUCGGGUUUGGUUCAAUUGCCAAAAAAGCUGGGCAGCAGCUUGCGCCUCAUUUACCUGUUAUUAUACCCAAACUGUACAGGUAUCAGUUCGAUCCAAGUCCAAGGAUACGACAAUCCAUGGCGUCAAUUUGGGAAGCUCUGGUCAGCGAACAAUCCAAGACUAUUGACCUCUACUUUCAACCGAUCCUCGACGACCUGAUUGUCCAUUUGACGUCCAAUUUGUGGCGAAAUCGCGAAUCUUCUUGCAUGGGCUUAGCUGAUCUGCUACGUGGUAGGACGCUUGAAAAUGCGUUGGAUAAACUCGUUCCCAUCUGGAGUACCCUCUUCCGUGUAGUUGACGAUAUCAAAGAAUCGGUUCGCAAAGCUGCUCAAACAGCACUCAGAGCCCUUAGCAAGAUGUGCAUCAAAAUGGUUGACGUUGAUGCGGGUAAAGUAAACAGCAAACGCACUGUCGAACUUCUACUACCUGUUUUACUUCAGGAAGGAUUGACUAGUGGCGUUGAAGAGGUUCAAGCAAUCACAUUGGAGACAUUGAUUAAAGUGGUAAAAUCUGCUGGAAAUUUGGUGGGAACGCAUUUAGCUCCGUUAACGUCUGCGUUGCUGGAAGCGACUCAAGUAGCUGAGGGUCAAAACUUAAACUAUUUGAGUGUUCGAUUGGGUAACCAACUGGCCACUCAGGAGAAGCUCGAUUUGGCCCGUAUUUCAGCGGCCAAGAGUUCCAAUCUUUAUGAAACCAUUCAGCACUGCAUCCAGUAUGUUAAUCAAGAUAACACACCCGGGGUCGUGGCUGCCUUGGUAGAUUUAUUGAAAGGCUGCCAGGGGAUUACCACCAAAGGCUGUGCAGCUCAUGUUAUUUGUCUCCUAACGCAGCAAUGCCAAAAUGACAUUCAACCGUUCGCAGGAAGGCUGAUGGCCGUGCUAGUUAAAGGAUUAGGUGACCGAAAUGUGGCGUUGAAAAAGACGUACGCAAUAGCCCUGGGGCAUUUGGUUCGAGUGGCCAAAGAUUCGAGCGUUGUUAAAUUGUUGGAAACGUUAGAAAAUCGAUAUUUGGAAGCAGAAGAUGAAGAUUCUCGAUUAGCAUGCAUGCACACCUUACAGGCUAUGGUACGGCAUAAUCCAGACGUUGUCAAAAAUCAUUCAAAUCAAACCGUCCCUAUUGUGUUUUUGGGUAAACACACUUUCAAAACCCCUGAGACAACGCAACUGAUUCAAUUGUGGGAAGAGUUGUGGAUGGAUAUAGUGCCGGGAACGGAAGCCGGCCUGAGAAUGUACUCGAAUGACAUUAUUGGUUAUCUCCAGCGUGCCAUAGUGUCUCCAUCGUGGAAAUUGAAAGCUCAAUCGGCUGCAGCCAUCGGAUCUAUGGCGAAUGCCCUCAAAAGUAAUUUAAAUCCGGCCCAGCGAGCCACCCUUUUUCGUGUACUUCUCGAUGGGGUAGCUGGCCGUACUUGGGAAGGAAAAGAACAUUUACUCCAUGCUUUAGCGUCCCUUGUCGCUACUCAAACCAUCAACGAUGUUGUUCUCCGGGAUGAAAUCACCGGUGUGGUGUUGAGAGAGGCAAAAAAAGAAGCACUUCCUUAUCGCCGACAUGCUGUCCAGGCUCUUGGACAGGUGGCUGAAUCUCUGCAGGCUGAUAUAUUUCCUGCAAUUUACGAAAUGUUUCAACCACUGUUUGAAACAAAAGAAGGUGAAAUUGGAGAAGAAGAAGAAGAAAAAGAAGAAACGGCUCAACGAGAUAUGCUUGAUCUCCAUGAGGCGGCCGUCCUAGCAUUGGGAAGAGCUUUCCCGUCUGAUGCAACGGUCCAAGGAAAUUGCUGGAAAAUGUAUAUGUCGUUGCUGCGAGCUGCUGCAAUCAAUACCACGCGCCAGGUUCAGUUGUCCAUUGUCACAUCGUUGCUUCAGGUGGCUGGUCGAAUGACCCCCCUUUUCCUUUCGGAUUUCCUUAAAGAAGCCAAUAAAAUUUUGGCUCCCUCGCUUGACGUUGCCAACUACUCAGCACUUAGAAUUGAAGGGCUGAAAGUUCUAAUAAUCGUUUUAAAGAAGAUCCCUGAUUGUGAUCCCCCGACCCAAACGAAUUUGAUGGAUGUUAUUCGCGAAGUGUAUUCUCUCCGAGUUGAAGAAUUUCUGCGGGAUACGUCCCCCGAAGUUAAAUCGCGAGCCGAUGAAGCCAAAAGAUUGAUGGCCGAAUGAGCAACAUAUGUCCAUGGAACUGCAUAAUACUUCUAGCUGAAAUACACUUGUAUAUUUCUGAGUA